UUUAUUACUCUCUCUCUCCACCACCGUCACCAUCUCACCACCCCCUCCUCCCAUUCGCCGCCCAAAUCGACAGACGGAAGAUAGGGAGAGGGAGCUCGUCUCCCCACUCCUUCUCUCGUCGCCGGCGAUGACCGACGGCGAGGGCUCCGGCGAGUACAGGGAGUUCAAGGCGCUGGUGGAGGCGGCGGACCGGAAGUUCGCGCGGGCGCGGGACCUGCCGCUAUACGGCGGCGGCGACCACCACAGCCGGAAGGCCUUCAAGGCGUACACGCGCCUGUGGCGGCUGCAGCAGGAGCGGCGCCGGGAGCUCGUCGCCGCGGGGCUCCGCCGGUGGGAGAUCGGCGAGGUGGCCUCGCGGAUCGGCCAGCUCUACUACGCGCGCUACCUCCGCACGGCCGAGCCGCGGUCCCUCGUCGGUGCCUACGUGUUCUACGAGGCCAUCUAUAGCCGCGGCUACUUCGCUGCCUCCGCGGCGGGAGGCGGUGGAGCAGGGAGCGGCGGGAAGCACCAGGGCCUCCUGAUCCGGUACAAGGAGCUGCGUUUCAUCGCCCGCUUCCUCGUCGUGGCCAUGCUCAUGCGGCGAGCCGAGGCGGUGGACCACCUCGUUGGCCGCCUCCGCUCGCUCCUCGACGAAACCAAGUCGGCAUACCCCAAAACGAACUUCAAGGAAUGGAAACAAGUGCUUCAAGAACUUGGGAGAUUCUUGAAAGCUGAUGGAGCAUACAAGGGAGCGAGAUCACUGAGAUAUGACAACUUGUUUGAUUCUUAUGCAUCAAACCUGGCAUCUAUAGCAAGAUUCCAUUCAAAAAGAGUACUGAAACUGAAGGAAGCUGUAUUGACAAGUUAUCGCCGAAAUGAGGUCAAGUUCACGGAGCUAACUUUGGACACUUUCAGAAUGCUGCAGUGUUUAGAAUGGGAGCCUACCGGGUCUUAUCAGAUAGCUGUUAAAGAACUUACAGAAAAUGGCACUAUGAGUGAUCAGAGUGGACCCUCUGGUCUGAUUGAUAUUCACCUUUCUACAGAAAUCUCUGAUGGAAGUCUUCCUUCAAAUCCUCAGAAAGCAAUCUUAUACCACCCCUCGGUCUCUCAUCUUCUAGCGGUUCUUGCGACAAUCUGUGAUGAGCUUUCCCAAGAUAGCAUUUUACUCAUCUAUAUAUCAGCAUCAGGUUCUGCUGACCAGAAUCCUUGUCAAAAGUAUGCAUCUAGCUCCUCAUCACGUGCAAAGCCUACUGCUGCUUUUUGCACUGAUAAGCCAAAUCCACACACCGCUUCAGAUAAUCAUCUAUGGCUUGGUCCUCGUGGUAGUGGAGGUCCAAACAUUCUUUAUCCAGAAGAUCUGAUUCCAUUUACAAGAUACCCACUUUUCCUUGUAAUUGACAGUGAAAAUAGCCAUGCAUUCAAGGCCAUACAUAAUGCAGAGAAGGGAGAGCCAGCCGCCUUACUUCUUUCUCCUAGGAUAGUACCAGCCAUGCCUGGUGCAGACUCUAUGGGUAAUGGAAGCCAAUUUACAUACUUCCUGACUGCUCCGAUGCAAGCCUUCUGCCAACUAGCUGGGAUAACCUCCGACAUUGACAGCGAUACAUAUGCUAAUGCAGAAAACAUACUUUUCUCUGCUAUGGAACAAUACGAAGAAACCCUCUGCACAUCUGUUGGACUGAACAAUGUCUGGGGACAAAUUUUACCAGAUCCAUUUCUGAGGCGCCUAAUUCUCAGGUUUAUUUUCUGUCGAGCUGUGCUCUUCUAUUUUCAUCCUGAGGAACAUGUUGAACAUCUACCGACCUGCUUACCUAGUCUUCCAGAGUCGGUUUCUCCAAAAGCUAAAGCCAUCAAGACUCCCAUCCUUCUGCUUGCAGAAAACCUUGUUGUCAGCAACCGGUUUCAUUUCGGCAACAAGGCAUGAUGGUCAAGGGCAAUAACACAGGCUUUCUGUAGAUACCUCCUCGGUAAAUAUGGUGCAGCUAUUUGUUGAUUGUUUAGCAUUUAUACAGCCAACGGAGGAUGACCCAGUGUCAGCGAGCUAGCCGUCUGCAGCCUGGGUGGGGUAAAUGAUGAUCAUGCAUAAUUUUGUCUGCUGCUUAUCUCCGUUGAGCAUUUGUAAAAGUUUGUUUAGGUGUUACUUUCCUUUGCCCUAGGCAGUGUAGGGUUCCUCUUGUGUCAUGAGAGGACGGUGUGUAAGCUGGAAGAGGCCUUUUUUUAGUACUCUAGAAGGCAGAUUGUUUUGUAGGUUUAGUUUAAUAUUUUGAAAGUAUUUUUAGUUCCAUCUUUUGCAUUAGUUUCAUGUGCCUCGUGCUCCCAAUGUUUGUAAUUGGUGUUUGGUUUCCUUGAAGAACUCCGUCUAUACCUGUUAAACUUGUCAGCUCUCUUUUUUUUUGUCCAUGGGAGAUUAGAUGAUAUGCUCUGGAUUAGUUUGGCAAUU